UUGGCGCCAUUUGUCGAAAACAAUUCAACCACACUGUCUAAAUGCUACAUUAUUAUAUAAUAUGGGCUCUAACUGGUAGCUUCAAAAGCACUAUUGAUUUUCAUACAUUGUCACGAAAGACGGGUUUGUUAAUGUUUAAUAACACUUGUUAUGUUUAUUUUUAGCCAGUUUUUGGCAUUUGUGUCGUUGUUUGGGAAAUGUGUAGCUAGAAAGGCUUUGUUUUUACUGAAAUUCAUUGUUGUAUUCAGAUAGCUUUUUAUGCCUUUUCCAACUGUAAUUUUGGAGUAUGUAUCAACGUAUCCCUAAAGGAAGGAAAAGAACCGGUUUUUAGUUUGGAGGUAAAUCAACAAUGGCUGGGGCUGUUGCUAUGGCAGCUGUCAUGGAGGAUUUUGAGGGUCAGCCUUGCAAGAAAUUGAGGAAGGAUGCAGAUCCACCACCUGUCAGGACUAUUACUAAUUACUUUAUGCCUAAGCAAGUGGAAAAACCAUUCUCCCCACCACGGUCAAACAACAUUAUGGACUACUUUAAGAGGGCCUUGCCUGCACAAGAAAUAAAAAGCUCUCCAGUAACUAAAGAGAACUCCCCACAAUCUUCAGAGCAAGUUAGAAGCCCUGAAAUUCUAAGCAAAUCUGUAAGGGCACAGGGUCAGAAGCGGAUAAGAAAGCCCAAGGAAAACAAGAAGUACAAACAGGAGGAUGCACAAGAGGCCACAGAUGAUGUUGUCUUGAUCGAGAGCCCCAGUGAAUCAGCUGUGAAGGAAAGAGCCAUCUCCUCUACCAGUGGUAGUGAUACUUCUGACCUUCUGACUCAAACUAGUCAUGAUGUCUCUUCAGAUAAGGAAUCUGGUGGGAGGAAAAAAGCCACAGAGCCUGAUCCAAAUGCCAUGAAGGUUAAGAAUUCUGUGGAAAGUUCUGCACCAAAUGAUCCUGUGGAGGACAAGAGUAAGAGCAAGAAAUCUGCUGUUAGGAGAAAUAGAAAAGCAAAAGGUAGUUGUGAAGAGACUAGGUGGUGUGCCAGUGAUGCUCAAAAGUCUGAGCAGCCAAUUUGUGAAACUAAAAUAGAGAGCAGUGCAGAUAAGUCACCCACGCAGAGUAGCAGCACCAUCAAAAUAUCAUUUGAAGACUUCCUGCAGAAUCAUAGCCAAGAUCAAGAUUUAGGUAAUGCCAUUCCCAAGUCUGACAGCAUUGUUCCUGACACUGUAAGUGAAGGCAACACCUGUAAUGAUCAGAGAGACUCUGCUAUUGGUCUUGUGCAGGUGUCGCCCCGAACUCUCACGAUCCAAGCAGAGGUGCAUCCCAUUUCUCCUGAUCAUGAGUCAGUCAAGGAUUCCAAAGAGUUGAAAGUUGCAUCUAUUUUUAGUAGAAAUAGAAAAAGUAAAAUAAAAGAGGACAAGACUUUGUCUGUUCCUACACCAGAAGUUAAACCAGACAUAUUCCCUGACCACAAAAGGAAAUCUAAUGUUGUUCUUCUGGAGGAAGAUUUGGAACUUGAUGUGGUGGAGUCCAGCCCCAUGCCUAAAAGCAUAGAGGCAGAAAGAAAGCAGUUUAUGAAUGCCUUCAAGCAGCCUAGCCUUGAUGGAUUGAAAAGCAAAACCAACAAGGGUCAGAGCAAGCAGAACCAGGUUGAAGAGCAAGUUCCUGAGGCAGUAGACAAGGAAGAUGUUGAACAAUCUAUGGAAAACAAACCAGAAGUGACCAGCUCUGAGCAGAAUAAAGAACAGAAAAGCAGUACUGGUGGGGGGGAAAAGCAAGUUAGGAAGCCUGGGAAGAAGGGAAAAGCAAAGACAGCCGAAGAUGCACUAGUUCCAACUCAGAAACCCGAGGAACUUCCUACGGAAAUGGGGGUUGACAAAAAAAGUAGCCCAGCUGAUGAUGAUGACGACAGCAAACAGACUGUAAGAGAGCUGAGGAGGUCAACCCGAGAGCUUUCACGUAGACAGUCAGCCACUGUGCUUGAAACAGAUGCCACGUCACAGAAGAAAGGGAAGCAAGAGAACAAGGUAAAAGAUGAUGUGACCCAAAACACACCCUCCUUGGCCUCCACCCCAAAGGUUCACAGGCCGAAAAGGGGCAUUUAUAGAGCUGAAAUGGUCUGCCCACCAGACACGAAAGGCAGCCCUAUCAGGAUGCGAAUUACCAGAGUACUUCCAUCAUCUGCCACAAAAGCUGGAGAUUUUGAAAUAUCAAGUCCUCUUGCCACAAAGGAAUUAAAUGCAUGUAAAAAAAGAAAACAAGCUAGAAAGCUGGUGCAGAAAGCCAAAGCUCUUCAGCAAAGUAAAAAGGACACUACUAAGGUGAAGGAAACUCCACGACGCUCUUCAAGAAGCAAAGAAUCCAUCAUUAAUUACUGUGAGGAUGAGGAAUUAGUAGUGUUUUUGGAUCAGAGUAAAAGCACUCCAGUCACUUCACAGGAAAGUGGCAAAAAACAGAAAAGGCUUCGCAGUUUAAAUGAGGUUUUGGGGAAAGUUACAGCUCAAAACAAAGAAUCCAAGACACCUGCAGCUUCUAAACUGGCUCCUCUAUUUGUUGAGAAAAAAGCACAGAGACCAUCAGGUGUCAUCUCCAUCUUUGACGACAGCAGUCAAGAGGCAUCAGAGAACUCUCAAAGUGAUGAACAGUUCAGAGCAAAGAGAGAGUUUCUAAAGAGUGGCCUUCCAGAGACAUUUAAAAAACAGAUCGCAAAGACAGCGGCUAGCCGAGAGGCUUACAGUCAAGCUUGUGCUUCAUUCCAGACAGUGGUGCAUAUCCAACAAAGGGCUUCAGAUUGUUCAAUCUGGAAGCUCCAGUGGCCUUUAAAUCCCUUCCUAAUUUGUGUAAAGGAGUCCUAUAAUUUACCAUCUGUACCACUGAUGAUUUUGGAGAGGUCUUUGGGUUUUACUACAGUUCCUACUAAGAGAACAUUUUCCCAGCGGGUUUCUUGCUGUCGGAAAGAGAUUUCUGAGCCUGUCAGACAGCAUCUUUUGGAGGAGAUCAGAAGCUCAAAUCCAUCUUUCCCUCACCAAAGAUUCUUCACACUUUUCGUUAAGAGACACGAAGACUACAUCCUUCAGGCCUCUGCCUCAGAACCUGAAGGUGAGUCUAAAACAUUCUGCCCUGCUGGAUCAUCAGAGUCAGGCAUCGGAAGGAAACGGAAGCGUGUGGAUGAAGGGGAAGGAACCGGCAAAGUGGGGAAAAAAACAAAGUCCAGUCACAUAGAAGGGGAGGUCAUAUUGAUUGAAGGAAGUCCACCAUCAGGGAAGUCAGGGGGUCUGGUAGCACAGGGUGUCACUGAAAUUAAGCCUUUUGGCCGAAGUCGAAGAGGUCGAUCAAAGAGACAAAAGCAGAAAGAAGAGCCCAAACCUGCAGAGGUGACCUCACCUGUGGGGAACCAGAGUGAUUCUCCCAUUACAUUGGUUUCCCCUGUCCCAGGAGCUACAGGCACAGAAGAUGGAGUGAAAGAGGAUGUGCUUUGGUCAGAGAAAUAUCAGCCACAGCACUCCGAUGAUUUAAUUGGAAAUUUGGAAUCUGUUCGGAGGCUACACAGCUGGCUGAAAGAGUGGAAACUCAGAGCUGAUCGGGAGGAGAAAAGGAAACAGCAGGAAAAGAAGCAAGAGGAGAGUAAUGACUCUUGGCUCAUAGGUGAUGGUGGUGUGGGACUGGAGGAGAUGGAAGAUCUUCUGUGUAACACACUGCUUAUCACUGGACCUACUGGGGUGGGCAAAACUGCUGCAGUGUAUGCCUGUGCUCAGGAACUGGGCUUCAAGGUAUUUGAAGUGAACUCUUCUUCACAAAGAAGUGGUCGUCAGAUCUUAUCCCAGCUGAAAGAAGCCACUCAAUCCCACCAAGUGGACAUUCAGGGUGUUAAUGCCCACAAACCGUCCUACUUCAGCAAUUAUAGCAGCACCAAUUCCAAUACUAGGCCUGGCACCUCUCCCAGAAAGGUGAACUCUCCCAGAAAGCCGCCUCAGUCUCCUCGAAGUGCUCCGUCUAGGCGAGGAGGCUUGGCUCCUACAUCUCUGACCAGUUUCUUCAAAGCAGGUGGAAGGGCUACAGUCAAAGAAGCAAGCAAUCAAGAAAAGAAAGCACAGCCUGCUUGUCCAAAGAAGUCUGCUAAAGCAAAGGAGACUGACAGCAAAAGCAAAGAGUGUCCCUGUGAAACACCAGCAGGGAUCUCUACUGAAGAUCAGGGCAAGAGAACCGCAACAUCCCUCAUCUUAUUCGAGGAGGUGGACGUCAUAUUUGAUGAUGACACUGGGUUCCUGGCUGCAGUAAAAACCUUCAUGACCACAACCAAGAGACCAGUGAUUCUUACAACUAGUGAUCCUACCUUCAUUGCUACAUUUGACGGGUACUUUGAGGAAAUCCAUUUUAAAGCUCCUUCAGUGGCAGAUGUGUCCAGUUACCUACAGCUACUGUGUCUGGCUGAAAACAUGAGGACAGACGUUAAAGAUGUGUCCUCACUGCUGGAAUGGAACAGAUGUGAUAUUCGUCAGAGCCUCCUGCACCUGCAGUUCUGGGCCUGCAGUGGUGGUGGACAGCAGGUGCAAAGGCCUCUACAUUCCUCAGAGCUCAAAAGUGAGGUUAAAUUCGUCAAAGCUGAGUAUAGUUUACCACCCUGCCACACUGCUUGCACAGAGAGUUUGCUGGGGAUCCUGAAUGUGCAAACAGAAAACAUUGCUGAUUCUCUACUGAAGCAUGAGUCUUCAGUACUAGAGAGCAUGAGGUGCUGGGAUCUUCUCUCAGAGGUCCAGAGAAGGGGAGUAGAUCUUCUCUACUCCAAUAUGGAGAGUCUACUCCCUCUGCCCACUCAACUGUUAUCGCUGUCAACCCUCAAAUCACAAGCACCACCAAACCCUCCACCCCAACCUGAGCAAGUAUCUCAGGCUGUAAGUUUAAAAGUUUUGAACGAGACCUCUGAUGAUGGAAGUCCUCUUAAAGUGUCUUCCAUAAUGAGGGGGAAGAAGAAGCUCAUCAUGGCCAAUAAAAAUGUUUUCCAGUCUGACUCCGAGUCAGAGGAUGAGUUCCUCUCACUGCCCAAGCCCGACAAUGCUCCUGUUCAAAGAACUAAUGCAGAACUAGCAGAUCAGCCUGUGAAGGAGUCUGAUGUAUCUCAAGCUGCACCCCUAAAACUGAGGUGCGCUGUGUUAACUGAAGCCGAUAAAAAGAAGAGUGUGCCAGUGUUGCAGUGCUUGAGCAGUUUAGCAGAGUAUAUGGACCAUAUUUCCUUCCUGGACUCAUCAAUGCACUACCAGCCCUCACAGACUGAGGGUUCCUGCAGACCACACGACUUUGUCUGGACUGGUGCAGAAGUCAAGAGUGGGAUGACCGAUGAACUUCGGUUACAGUGGGACAGCCAGGUAAAUGGGGUCAGUGCAGAGGAAAUCCACUCUGCACUGGGGCAUUUAAGUUUUAGGAAGUGCAGGGCAGCAAUCACUGAGGCCUGGGGAAAAGCUCAGGAACUGGAGGAGGACAUACGAAGAAAGGCAGAGGAGGAACUCACCCUCCCCGUGGCUCCACACAGACAAGGUUUCAGUCUCACUCAAGCUAUGCCCUGUGAAUCAAGGGUGAUGGAGAGGAGAAGCGAGGUGAUUAAGUCAGUGCUUUCCAGCAGGUUGGCUGGAACUCUGGGAAACCGGGCAGCAGUGGCUCUGGACUACCUCCCCUCUCUACGUAACAUCUGUAGGUCAGAGAGACUGAAGGAGCAGGGAAAGAUAAAACGCAGAUUCCUGCACUAUUUGGAUGGCAUACACUUCACUCUCCCCAAAAGCACAGUGGAGUUUCUAGCUUCAGAGUUCCCAUAAAUAACAUCUUUAGGCAGCCACUUAAGUGCUGCUGGUAAAUAUGCAUUUGUACAGUAAUAUAUAUAUAUAUAUAUAUAUACUCGGAUAAGGAGUGUGGUUUAUGUUGUCUUGUGUACAGGACUUAUUUGUAUUGAUGUUUUAAAUUAGCGUUUGCGCAUUAUGAAGAUCAGUAUGUAUCAGUAUUUUCUAAAUGUUUUAUCAAGUAAUAAAUUUGGAUUUGCUAUUUGCAAGCAAACAAGUUUUUUUUUCUUCAUUAGAAUUGUAUGUAAAUUACAAGAACUCUGUAAAUGUGAUGGUGCUAUAAGAACUUGUGUACAAAUAUGAUUUUACCUGGUUGCCCGGUUUAUUUAAUCAUUUAUGUGGUCAAGGCAUGGAACUCGGGCGUUAGAUGUUUUUUUUAUUUUUCAUGAAACAUACGUCAUGAAUGUCCUGUGUUCACUUCCACAGUGAAACGAUCUAGAAGUUUUAAUCCACUUGAAUCCAAGACAACAAAUGUAUACCUGUUGUUUUUUUAUUGUUAUUUAAAAAAAAAUUACCAGUAAAA